AAAAAAAGAAAAAGAAAAAAAAUAAAAAAAAUUACUAUGUCGACUAUCGAGCGCUCAUUCCCAAAAUCUCCAUUGCCGCCAAAUGGUACUGCGAACUCCCACCAAUCCAAACCCUAGCUCCGAUUCCUAGCAAUUCAGCGAGAAGAAGUAUCCAUCCGGCGAGCGCCGGCGCCGGCGUCCGAUUAGAUGGAACCUCCGGCAUUUCACAACCUCUUCGAUAGACGCCCCAUCACCAAGUCCAAAGCUCCCGCCACCAAAUGGUUUAAGGAAUGGGUCCCACAAGAUGUUGUAGCAACUGGUGGGAAGUGCUUUCUUUUAAAAUGGGUUAAUGAGGCCACACUGAAAGCUUUGAAGGAGAAGCCGGAAGAGCCAGAAGUUCCAGAACCCGAGCCAAAACCAGCUACUGAUGUUCUCUUCCUUUGCAGUUAUGAAGGCUGCGGAAAAACAUUUAUUGAUGCUGGUGCUCUGAGGAAGCAUUCUCAUAUCCAUGGCGAGAGACAAUAUAUUUGUCACUAUGAGAAUUGUGGAAAGAAAUUUUUGGAUAGCUCAAAGCUAAAGAGACACUUUCUUAUUCAUACUGGGGAGAGAAACUAUAUGUGUCCGCAUGAGGGCUGUGGCAAGGCUUUCUCGUUGGAUUUCAACCUAAAAUCACAUAUGAAGACGCAUUCACAAGAGAAUUAUCACGUCUGUCCUUACCCGGAAUGUGGAAAGCGAUAUGCACAUGAGUACAAGCUCAAAAAUCACGUUGCAUCUGCUCAUCAGAAGACAGCCAUGCCUGAUGCAACAAAGUACAGCCAGCCUGUUGAGAAGCCAAACAAAACCGCAAAAUCUUCUGGAGCAGUUCACGCUUCUGCAUCAUCCAACCGCCCUUACAUCUGUCCAUACGAAGGGUGCGAUAAAGCUUACAUCCAUGAGUACAAGCUGAAUCUUCAUUUGAGGAAGGAACACCCCAGGCAUUUCCCAGAUGAGAGCGCCAAGAAUGCUCAACCCGCUGCUACAGAAAACGAGAUGGAUGAAGAUGUUGCUCAGGACACGUAUCCUGUGAAACGCAAAAAUACCAAGACCCAGAAACAAAGCAGGCCAAAGCCAAACUUGAAGCCGCCCCCUGCAAAAGCAAGGCGCCAAAACGCCAUCGAUUCUCCAGCCAAUCUCAGUGCAGUGAACAAGCCCUGGCCAGUUAAGGAAGAAGCUUACGAGGAAGAUGAAGACAGUGAAGAAACGGAGGAAGAAAAGUUCAACGUUGGAGAUCAAUGGAGGUACAGGGAGAAUGGGGACGACGAAGAUGAAGAUACAGAAUUGGAAGACUAAAGCUCAUAUCAUUCAUAGAAAAGCCUGUAAACUUAUUAUCUCUGUUAGAGAAGUAUAGGAGUAUGACAAUCGAUGAUCAUAGAUAGAUUCGUGAUUCAAGUUAAUAUAUAUAGAGGAUAUAAUCAUGCAAACAUAUCUAUUGUACAAAAUUUAAUAAUUUUUUUUAGCAGAAGUGAAGUCAUUAAAAUAAAAUUUUAUAGAAAA